AUGAACUUUUUCUCAUUAUUGUUCAUAACAAUAAUCUAUUUGUUAAAUAAAACUUCUAGUAAAAUAAUAUUUGAUACUAUAAAUACAAAUAUUAAUUGGUUAUAUUUAACGAAAUUUUCUUUUCAUCCAAUUUAUGGACAUAUUGAUAUAAAUUUACAGUCAUUGGAUAAUAAUACAAUAAAAUUUUUUGUUUUAAAUAAAUACGAAUGGAAAGAAAUAAAAAAUGAUUUAUCAAAAAUUUGUUUAAAAAACGAAUUACAAUUAAAUUCGAUUGGCAAUGAAACAAAUUUAGAAGUUUUAUCAUUAUCUUUUACAUCGAUUGGUCAAAUGUAUUUUAUUUUAAGUACAUGUAAUUCAAGUUUAAAUACAACUGAUUUAUCUUUUGCAUACAAAUUAAUCUUAACAAAUGGAAAUAACUUAUUUAUGAAACAUUUUUCUAAUGAUGAACAAGGAAUAUUGCAAUUAUAUAUUAUUAGUACAAGUAUCUAUACUAUAAUUUUAUUAAUUGUUCUUAGAUAUAUAUAUUCAUCAAAAACAAAAUCUUGUUUAAUAAUUAAUUUAUAUCUUAUUUCAAUAUUAUUUUCAUGGCUUAAUAGUUUAAUAUGUUUUAUUGAAAUGUUUAUAUUUGCAUUAAUAGGAAAUAUUGAUGCAUUUGUAUUUCAAUUACUAAUAUUUCUUGCUCGAUUGUUUAAUAUAUGUGCUCAUACAUUAUUUCUUUUUAUAUUAAUUCUUUCUGCAAAAGGUUAUUUAAUUAUAUGUGUUCAUUUAAAAAAGAAAACACUAACAGAAAUAAUGCUGAUUAUUCUAUUAUAUAUACAUGUGCAGAUAGCUAUUUUAAUUAUUAUAACGACAUAUGCCGAUCGAGUAUUUAUCAAUGAAAACAUUUUCAUUAUAUGUGAUUAUAUUCAAAUGAUAAUGUAUCUUUUUACUUGUCUUUGGUUUAUUAUAUCUCUUAUAUUAACAAUUAAAAAUUCUACUAAAACAUUUUAUUCGUUUUUUAUUUUUUCUUUCUGGUUUUUAACUAAUGCAAUUGUUAUUUUACUAAAUAUUCUUGAUAUUAUACCAAAUUUUCAAAUAACAAUUCUCAAAGCAAUGACAAUAUCUAUUCAAUGUUUAACAUAUUGUAUAUUUAUGUUUAUUAUUCGACAAAAAACAUUUUUGUUACGAACAAAAUUAAAUCAAAUUAAUAUAACUUAUAUUGAUCCAACAGUGUCAAAAUCUCAUAUUAAAGAACAAUUAACAAGACAAAAUACCAUUAAUACUCAUCCAAGUGAAUUCACAAAUUUAUGUUCUAUUGAAAAUACUAACAUAUCAAAAUUUCGAAUGCCUUUAAAAUCUUUCGAAACAAUUUCUCGUCUUGAACCACGUCGAGAUGUGUUAUUAAGUGCGUUGACACAAUCAUCGAUUAUUUCAUCCCAACCUUCGAUAUGUCUCGUUCCACGUCGCUUACCACCAUUGAAACAUAAUGAUUAA